AUGGCAGGAGUUGUAAACCUAAGAAUAGGAGGAGGCCCGUCGUGCAUCCUAACCACGUCACGCCGUUCCCAAUUUACCAAACAGUUGGACUCUGUUGACCAAAAAUGGAGUCGUUUGCAUCAAAAACUCAACACCAACGCCAGAUUCACUUGCCUCUUUUCAGACAAGAACAAAAGAGAGGAUCAAGCUAGAAAGGCAUUAGACGGUGCUCUAAGUGGGAAGAAAGUUGAAUUUGAGAAGUGGGACAAAGAAAUCAAAAGACGAGAAGAGGUAGGAGGAGGUGGCACCGGUGGUGGUGGAGGAGGUUGGUUUGGCUGGUCCAAUGAUGAUAAUUUUUGGCAUGAAGCAAAACAAGCUAGUUUUACUAUACUCGGCAUUGUUCUUAUAUAUCUCCUAGUUUCAAAAGGUGAUUUGAUCCUCGCCACCAUCAUCAAUCCGUUGCUGUAUGGACUUCGUGGAGUGAGAAAUGGAUUUGGUCUCGCAACAUCAGGAGUUUCGAAAAAUACUUCUAACAAUGAUCAGCCUGAUUUCGAUGGCUCUUCGAAGAAGGAAGGUUACAAAAGUGCUUCUGCUAAAGAGAGUGUUGUAAGAAAAUGGGGUAGUGAUUAA